AACCGUUGUGUUUUCUGAACGCAGCUAUGUCAUUUUGUGUACGAUGGCCUUUAAUACACACUAAUCACACCAAUCGAUUUCGCCGUCUAAUGUAUACAAAUUUUGCUUUAUUUAUCGAUUUUCACACACGCUGUGUAUAAGUACAGUCAAAUUUUAGGAGUUAAAUUAAUUUAAUAAAAGAAACAAAUUGAAAUGGAGGACGAUCCCGUGGUAAAAGAGAUACCUGUAUUCCUAUCCAAAACUUUGGGAGAUAAUCUAUUCCUGCUUCAGUAUACUACAUAUCCUAUGAAAGAUGGCUAUGAAAUUGCUACAGUCCUAAAGUCUUCUAUCAAGCCUGACAACCAAGAAAUUCAAUUAGAACUUGAAGUUGAUAUAGAUAAUAGUAAUUAUGAUAGCAGUAAGGGAGUACAGUUAGCCCUCAAUGCCAAAAAUGAAUCUAAAAAGAAUGAAAACAUAUUUGACAGUGAUCUGUUAGAUAAAACUAUACUAUCUUCAAAGAGAGCCUUAACAGACUGCUCAAAUUAUGCAAUUGGCAUCUUUCAAAAGAAUGAGCUUCAUAUCACACCAUUAGAAGGAUUUGUGGAAAUGCAGCCACAAUUCCCUUAUUUGGAAAAGAGUGACAAACGGGCUAAGGAUGAAGCAAAGGCAUCAGGAGAAGACAGUGAUGAGGAAGAAGAGAAUGCAGCGCCAGUAAAAGUGACAUUUGCUAGGCACAAACCAGAUCAUAUAAAAAAGAUUCAAGAACAGUCUUUCCAACAUAAUUCAAAGAAAAACCAACAAGAGUGCUGCAUACGCACGACAUAUGUAGCAAUGCAUGAAACACCCGCCCAGUUAACACAGACGGAGAUGUUGUGCCCAUCACCCGACGUGACUGUGAACUCCCUAAAUUUAUCGCCGCAAGAAUAUCUGGAGUUACUGACAAAUGGCUGGCGAAAACCUCAGAAUUAUCCACAGUCCUUUGAACACGUUAAAACAUUGUUAUUGCAGGAACAAAUCACAUCAAUCAUGAAAGAUGCGAGAAUCAUGUCUUAUAAGAACUUACGUGCAAUAUUGCCACCGGAACACACUACGACGGAUGUGCUUAGUUACUUGCAAAAGACGGCGGUGCUAGUACGGGGUAAUUGGGUCGUGAAAAGCGAACUGAUUUAUCCCAAGGACUUUACCUCUUCAGAAAACGGUAUUCCCGGCGAACUCAUGUGUAAAGCGCGCGAUUAUGUACUGUUAUGUUUUACGGACCAUUCGUAUAUCAAACGUGACAAAGUGUUGUCCAUCGUCAAAUUGCCGUUAGCGGAAGUGACGGAGAUUUUCGAGAAAUUGGCCGUAAAGGACGGCAGUGAAGGAUGGAAACUGAUUUUAUCGCCAGAUUGGGAGUUUUGCGACAGGUAUCCUGAACUUGUCGAACGACAGCAGAUGUUCUGGGAGGCGACACGGAAAUAUUUGCGCGAGAGUCAUGUGCAACCGCGCCAACGGCGAAAGUCAAAUCGGGAGUCCUUGGGUUCAGAAAACGAAGAGAGGAAUGUUGGUCGCGGCAGAAAGUCUCACAGGGAUUCGUCCCUGUCGGACAAUGACGGUGCUACCGAACCUGUUACGAAACCUAAGAAAACUAACCGGUCUAGGAAGAAUUCAGAGACCACCAAUAUAUGACCAAGACCAGUGCGUUGAAGUAGAAGGCUUUUUGUUUCGUUGCUGCAGUUGUCAUCAUCCGCGAUGUUGGCACAUUGUCGAUAAACUUAA